GUGCAGUUGGGUUUGGGGGUGAAUCCGCUAACAAUGGAUAAUGGAAAGACACGGAGAUGGACUUAUAUUUUAUCGGGUAUUUCUCUAAAGAUUGGUAGCUUCCCACAAGAACCCGGCUCAGUGCAAACCUUCUUGUUUUCCCUUCUUGCACGCAAUCUAAAGGGGAUGUUGUCCUUGGAUUUUACAUACCAAAGAUAAUUGUCGAUCAUUUGCGACAGUCGACCACCCGAAGGACGAAAGGAAACGUGUUGACAGGCACGCCGCGCAUUUCAUGCCAGAUUGAAUGACAGUCGCCCGCAGUAACGCAGAUGACGAGGAUGGUACCGACAGACAACGACGUGGUGAAACCCGACGAGCCCGUCAAAUCCAUCCGAUGGAGUGCCUCCGUCGUGGACAAACAAGACGAGGAGCUGGCAUCGAAACCAAGGUUCCUAACGUCAUAGCCAUUGUGUCUUUUGAUCGAAAGCCUCUGUUUUUGCAGGCGUUACUUGAGUCUUAUGCUGAGCAGCAUCUAUGGCGUCUUCAUCUUCACUAUGGGCGCCACCUUCUGUGCGGCCGAUCGUGCCCUGGACAAUUUUCAUGUCUCCGAGGUAACCGGUAUACGUUUCCCUGGUAUGUGAGCAAUAAGUGGGUAACUCGCUUGCAGAUAUUCAGCAUUCUUGUAGCAGCUGCUGGAGUGCUGUGGCUGGCGAUCCUGCAUGUGGAUGUAUUGUGGCACAAGCACUCGGCCAGUCGGAGGGUGAGACCUUCGCAGAGUGGAUUGUACGCUCACAGCACUGCCAGCGUAUUUCGCAUGCAAGCCAAGAAGACGUCGGCACCCAGGCUGUGGUUCCUCAUCGGCAGACACAGCGGAAGUUUCUACCUGAAAGGCGGCAUGGUCGUGUUCUGCUUCUGCCAUCUUGUCAACGAAGGCCUCAUUCUUCAGGAUACCGUCAACAACAUGAGGAUUGAGGGACAGACCGUCAGAGACACUCUCAAGAUCGCCUUUCACGUCCUUAGACCCAUUUAUUCAUUCUACCAGCUCUUCAUCGCAUUCAAGUACUCCAACAUCGUCAUCAACCACGCCUUCACUGCUUCACGGUUUGGUAUGAUGCACUUAAUAGGCACAUGUCUUUACUUCUGGUUCAGCAGUAUCGUCCAGGAAUAUCACCACAGCACCCAUGGUGACUACAAACAUGGCAAUCGCACCAUACUGGAUUUCACAUCCGUCACCCUGUAUCUUCAGCCGUUCACCAUCGAGUAUCAAAUCAUCCUAGCCGGUGUGUGGUACAUUGUAUGGCAGAACAUUGGUACCGACCCUCCUGGCCAGACGCGCAGGCAAUCAGAAGGAGGUGAAGCAAAAUACCACAGCAACCUAGUAGUGAGCGCAGAUUGCCACGCAGCCAACAAGGGUCUCUUUGCGGGUAUCUUCCUUCUAUUGUGUGCCAUCGUGUCACUGGUCAUUGAGCAGGUGGCCUUCAGCAGCCCAGCCUACCACAGCGUGGAGACUAUAAUCUUUCUUGCUCAGAACACGGCCCUCGUUGUAAUUGCCUUGCUUGCUGUUGUCUGGGGCUACAAGCAGAUAUCCACACUAGACUUGAAUACCCAUCCCAUCACGCUGUUAGACGACGUCUUGCUCUAUGUUCCCCUGCCUUUCUACUUUGUAUACUACAUCGUCACCAUCAUUGCAGAUAUGUGGUACGAGAGUUACACCUUGCUAACCAGUCACGUGGUGACGGUCAUUCAGGUGGUCCUGCAGACGCUCUUUUUAAGCGACGGCCUCAGACGGUGCAGUAACUCCCGCAGACAGAAGUUCACGAAACCUGGUCGAGAGACGGUUACCUUCCUAAUUGUCUGCAAUAUCGCCAUCUGGGUGACAAAUACGUUCCAGACAGAGAAGCCUCAUCUCAAUAACUAUAUGCGUAUGUGCUUCGGGGAAAGUGCAUGGGUGAUGGUCAAGCACUCAACACUUCCCCUCAUGCUCUUCUACAGAUUCCACUCUUCUGUUUGCUUGGCAGAUAUCUGGAAAUCUGCCUAUGAGAGUGACAUUGCUCUGUAAUGAUGACCCGUUUUUAUUACCAAAUAUUAUUAGAUGGCUUUCAUUCACACCAGUUGGUUUGUGUGUAAAAGACCCUUCUUUUUAUGUAUAAUACUACUGCCUAUCACAGAUCACUCAUGGGCACUCUGUUUUGGGGCCAAAAAUCAUACAUGAGCAACAUUUUGCCCACAUUUUAACAAGAAUCUGCACCUACCCAUAUGAAGAACGUUUUCCUCAAAAUGAAAUGUUGCAACCAUUACAUAAAUGUUUAAACACAUCAUAGUGAAUGUGAAAAUAUAAUAAGAGACUACCAUCUGCGUAACUUAAAUAAUAAAAUGUGGCAAUAUAUUA